AUGGCUAAUGGGACACACGCAGAAUGCAGAGGUGUGGUUCAAACAUCAGUUACGGUAGGGACAAAUAGUUGUAUAUUGAGUUUUUUUGUGGUAAGUGGUGUUCAAAACGGGAUUCUGGGCCUGGACUCUUUGGGAAAAUUGGGUGUAUCGUUGAACGCACGAAACAAAUUGGCAACAAUAGAUGGGGCCCAACCCGUGUCACAACCGGAAGUAGAUACCCCUCAGGAAAUGCUAAAGUGUUGCCACAUACGAGUUGCGGAAAGUCGUGAUAUUAAGCCAUUUGAAGAAAUAUUCAUUUGGGGUAAAUUGGAAGAUAAGAAUGAGAAAUUUACUAGAGAUUCGUAUAUCGAAGGUACGGAACAUUUUCAGCAGAGAACUGGGCUUCUUACAGCCCCGAUAAAGAUUUCGGCAGAAAUGAUAAACGAUGAAAAUAAAAUCCCCAUAUGCGUACUGAAUACUACUGAUAAAUCAAUCAGAGUUUAUAGAGAACAAACUGCGGCCACAAUUCAGGAACUGCUAAGUACCCACAACAUAGCACAUAUUUCAGAGUCAAAUAUGGGGGGAAAUAAUCCAUCAUCACAAUAUGACCCGGUCCCAGAAGUAUCAGUUGGUGAACAAUUGACAACACAACAAAGAGAAAACCUAGAAGUUUUAAUUCGAAAAAAUACACAAGUUUUCGACUACCCAGGAAAUAGUGGGUUCACCACAACAAUGGAGCACACAAUACCCACAGCCGUAUCUGAUCCAAUUGUGUGCCACCCCAGACGACACAACCUGGGGUUAACACAAAAAAUUAAUGAAGCAGUAGGAAACCAUGUAAAGUCGGGACAUUUGACACCCUCUAAGUCCCCUUGGGCAUUUCCAAUUGUACCUGUAUUGAAACCAGAUAAAACAGUUCGAUUGUGUGUAGGCGUGCAUGUGAUUAUCGGUGAUAUCGAAAGUUUAUGGGUGAUAUCGAAAGUUUAUCAAGGAUUUUAG